AUUUGUUGUCACUGUGUGUCUGGGCUUGUGGUACCCGAGAGGCACCUCACAGCCUCAUAUGAGAUGUAAUCUAGCAGGACGGAGCCCCUGGCAUGCAUGAAGAUGACAGCACACUGUGAUCAGAAUGCUGCUGUGUCCUUCCCUGCUAUCUCAGGGGUGGAGGAGGGCAUUUAGGGUGGGGUCCUCGGCCAUGAAACCGCCUGGUCAACUGAUGAGAAUCCAGAGCCAGGGGCCAUGUGUGUAAACACACGCACAAGGAACUAUACAAACUAUAUACGAUGACUGGCAGAGAAUAGAGUGGGUAAUUUUGGACAUUCAGUCUCCAAAGGCCAUAGUAAAAAAAAGCCUGCUUAGGAGAGCUGUCUGAUUUGGUUACUUGCUUUAACUUGGUGCAAAGUUUGAGUGAUAUUGUGCACAAGGCCAUGUUGUUAAGGCCUUGGUGGUAUAGAAAUUCAGAGUAUUUUGCAGCAGUAAGCAGGGACAUACAUACUGCCCUGAUGAGCUUUAGCGAGCCAUUGUGACUAAAUGCAGUCAGGAAAUUCCUGAGGGCUGGCAGAUUUGAUAGGCUAUAAAGUCCAAACAGACACCCACAUGGAUAGUUUUUAAAUCCCCAGGAUCAGCAGCCAAUCAUUCACUGCUACAGAAAAAAAAAAACAUUGCAAAUGUCACAUGACACCUUUUGCUCACUGCUGAUGUCAACAAUUCCUCUCAGCCAGCUCCUACAGGAGUCCCGGGCGGCUGAAAUAUGGCCAUCAAAAUCACAUUAUCUUUCCCCACACACUCCAUUGGCUGAAAAACAAAUCCUGUGAUUCAUUUCAAAAGUGAUGUUUUGUGUUGCAUAAUGAGCGAUGGAUAGUUAACCACAUCGUUAUUUCCAUAUAUGGUUUCCAUUAUACCUGCAGUCAUGUUUAUGCAACUGGUGUAGUACCUGAAAUUCUGACCUAAUGUGAUUGCAUGUCACAAGCUUCCCAUGUGGCCUAAGGCAAAGUUAUUUUAUUGCAUUGUAUUUCUACGCUACAGUUUUUUCUAUGAAUGAGCCUGUCACACACAAAAGCCUAUUUUGCCGCCUAAACCUUGCUAAGCUCACUCUCACGUGGUGUCGCCCUCUCUUUAAAUGACCCCUCACUGCCAAAACACAUCCAGCUGGAAGCUGAUCAAUAGACAGCCCUGAUGACAAGAUGGCAUUACGGUUUGAGGCAUCCUGUCCUGAUGGUCUAUGUCCAGGAUGGAGUGUCAUCCUGAAAGGAGAGACCCCAGCAGAAGCCAGCAAGUUUGAGAUCAAUUUCCUGUGUGACCGCGAUGACAGAAUAGCCUUCCAUUUCAAGCCACGCUUCACUGAGUCAGAUAUCAUCUGCAACUCCUACAUGGCCAACCACUGGGGACAGGAGGAGAGGUGCAGCAGCUUUCCCCUCGGGAUAGAAGAGCCUUUUCAGAUUGAAAUUUACUCUGACAAUGAUAACUUCCAUGUUUACAUUGACGAAACCAAGGUGAUGCAGUAUAAACACCGUGUGGAAGACCUGAAGACCGUCACGAAAGUACAAGUGGUCAAUGACGUCAAUAUCUCCUCUUUAGAGAUCGCCAAAAAACAUUUAUAAGUGGUGGGGCAUAGGGCCAAACAGAUGAUUAGUUUGGAGUGAGCCUUGUGUUUGUAUGGUGGGUUAUUGUCUUCGCAUUUCUGUUUACACACCUUUCAAUACUCAUAAUUAUCCUCUUGGGUUAAUUAUCCUCUGUAAAGGUGUGAUAUUUGGCAUUGACAUGCCUUACCUAAACUUCAUAUUCAUAUGAAUUUGUGAAUAAAUGGAAGGUUUGA